AAAGCAAUGAUUCCUCCRGGGGAAUGCCUCUAUGCUGGGAGGAAACGGAGGAAACCCAUUCAGAAACAAAGACCUGCAGUUGGGAAUGAAAAAUCGAAUCCUUCAAAGAGACACAGAGACCGUCUGAAUGCAGAACUGGACCACCUGGCCAGCCUCCUUCCUUUUCCACCCGACAUCGUAUCGAAGCUGGACAAACUUUCUGUCUUGCGCCUUAGUGUCAGCUAUCUCCGAGUCAAGAGUUUCUUUCAAGCCAUUCAAGAAAAGCACUUUAAGAAGCAAGCUGGCCAAACGAUAAAAGAAGACAAUAUAUCUAACAAGACUGCUGUACAAGAAGGUGGACUUCUACUAGAAUCACUGAAUGGUUUUGCCUUGGUGGUGAGUGCAGAUGGAAUGAUAUUCUAUGCAUCAUCAACAAUUGUGGACUAUCUAGGGUUUCAUCAGACGGAUGUAAUGCACCAAAACAUAUAUGAUUACAUUCACGUGGAUGAUCGCCAGGAUUUCUGUAGACAGCUGCACUGGGCCAUGAAUCCUCCCCAGAUGUUGUCUGGACAGCAACUACAGUCAGAAACAGGAGAAGAAUAUAUUCUCAGUAAAUUGUUUAAAGCCCAAGAGAAUGACAGCACGACAACAGAUUAUUCAUCGUUUUUAACUCGCUGUUUCAUCUGUCGAGUUCGCUGCUUGUUGGACAGUACUUCUGGAUUCCUUACAAUGCAGUUCCAAGGCAAACUCAAGUUUCUCUUUGGACAAAGGAAGAAGUCCUCAUCAGGAACAGUAYUGCCACCUCAGCUGUCCUUAUUCUGCAUAGUGGUACCACUUCUGCUCCCUUCUGUGACAGAGAUGAAGAUGAAAAGCCUGCUUAUGAAAGCAAAACACAAAGCUGAUGAUGCAGCAGCAGCGAACACAAACUCCAGUUCGAAAGGCAAUUCAGGAGUGUGCGACACAACAGAAUUAUACGGAAGRAACAGUCACCAUGAAGGUGCCGCCUUCACUAACGCACUACAGAUUGCUGAAAACCAAAUCAAAGCAAAGAAUAAUGGAGAAAAUGGCAUUUCUCUAGUCAAAGUACAAACAAAUGAAGAUCACUGGGUCUGGGUUCAAGCUAAYACUCAACUUCUAUAUCGAAGUGGUUGUUCAGAAUAUGUCCUUGCACAACAGCAAAUGUUAAAGGAAGAAGAUGAACAGCUGAAGAUACUAAGUGGUUUUGCCAGUUUGAAAGGAAACCUGGAGGGACUUCACUAUAACAGUGCCAUUGAAACUCUGGGCCAGUGGAAGCACCUUAACUGGGCAGCAGUGAAAAAUGAGCAAGAUARCGUAAAAGUGAAGUUUGAGCCUCAUACUAAUGGUGAGUGUUUUAUGCAAGAGGAACCUCUCAGUUCUAACACAUCACUUCUAGGCAUUCAAAACAACUGCACCACAAACAGUAGUUGGACUUCAAGAAACUCGAGUUCUUGUUCUAUGAGCCAGCGAAUGAACAUGUGUCCAAACAGGAGGGCUGGAUCAUUCUACAAUAGAGACCAAAAUUUCCUAAAUUUGGCUUCCACUUGUCCUUCCCACUGGGGGAGCACGGAGAAUGGCCAGUCUUACCCAGGGAUCCAACAGCGCUGCGCAGAGAGCUACACAACAGACCAUCUGAAGCUGCAGAGACCAUUAAUAUCCUCAGAACCUCUCUAUGACUCUGCCAUUCCCUCGGAGACGCCUAUCAAAACAGAAUACGAUUCUGAUUCUGAAAACAUUGCCGAUAACUACCUGCUGUCACAGAGCCGAGCCUGGCUGGAUGAGAAUGGCUCCKUGAGGAAGCAGGUGUCAGGUUAUCCCAACAGAAUGCACCUCAAAACAGAACCGGACCUCUGCGAGCCWGCCUUGCCCUGCCAGAAGCCGAGGCACUGCCUUUACACACCACAUAAUUGGCAAUGCAUCAUAGCAAACCAUCCCAGCAACCUGAACUUGAACAGGGCUUGUAAGGGCUCACGUAACAAGGASGUGGCCCCGUUUUGCCCUCAGAACUCCUCCAUGUGCUUGGAAAGCAUGCCUGACCUGCCACACACAGCUUGCUAUGGCCACUUCUACAGCCCCAGCCCAGGGGAGGAGAAAGAGCAGGUUAAUGAGGUGUUCAAAAUGCCGUGUGAAUUUAAAAAUCCCUGCUUGGUUCAAGCAAUCAAGCGUGAGCCCCUGGAUUCUCCACCGUUGUCCAAUGGUGGACAGAACAGAGYACACACGAGCUUCCCUGGAAAUACAUUAGCAGGUCCUGUGCCUCAUAAAACCACUGAAUGUACAUUUUUGCAAUAGAUUUUAUAACAUUUGAGAUAUUUAUAAUGUUAAAAGCAAGAAGUUGUAGAUUCUCUUCCAGUUGGGUUAAAYGAGCUACUAAAAUUAAAAGCCAGUGGAAAGAUUUUGAGUGUGCGUGUGUGUGCACCUGUGUGUGAAAGAGACACAGGUACACACAUCCUACCCCUCUACUGCCCUUCUCUUAGUGAUCUUUGGAAAGAGAAAAGAAAGAUAAAAACCUCAGGCACAGAAAAAUCAUCAUUACUUGCUGCACAGGUAUACCUGAUCAUUUUKCUUUAUCAUCUUUCCUUUCUUGUCGACCRUUCAUUACCAAGGUCUAGCAAUUUCUGAUUCCUGCUUUUGUUCUGUUUGUUUUUCUAAAGUUGGUGUGAUGCCUCUGUGCAAAUCAGAAAUGUUUAUGGUCUUCAGUGUGGCCACUUUACCUUAGGAGUUUUUGCUUUAUAAUUUUUUUUCUACUCUAUAAGAAGGAUCAGCUAUUCCUUCGUCCCAGCAUUAAAUUAUUGGCAAUAGKAAAGGGCUUCCCAACACAACUUUUUAAUUUAAAAGGACUGCCUAAAUAAAAACAAUGAUUUCCAUAGCUGCAUUAGAAACUAUUUCACUUCAAACUGAAUUUAUUCCUAAGUUUCUUGAUAACAUUAUUGUUUUAGAAUCCAUAUUUUUUCAAUUUUAAAGCCAUCAUGCAGCUGCUGAAAGACUUAAUAAGGGGAUGUAAUSGACUUCUAUAAAUGAGUUACAAAAUGUUCUUAAGAAUAUGUGAGAACAAAKUAUUUCUCCAGUUACUUCCCUUUCGUUACUUGUAACAUUAACAAAUGAAAUGCACUUUUUUACUUGAUAGUAUUUCUUUGAUGGAGAGCAGCUUGUUAGAUAUCGUCACCUUACAUCAAAACCAGAUUCCAUAUUAAGAUUAUUUUCAAAAGCAUCCUAGUUUUGAUCCCAAAAGAAACUCUYAAUCUCACUGAGAGGUAAUUGGUGGAUGUAUGCCUUUCAAAAGCAUUUCAGUGCACUUUAGUGCUUUAGAAAACAGAGUGUAUACUUUCCUUUGAACCCAGGCAGUAAUGUAUUUCCAUAACAAAAAAACCGUAUAUUUUGGGUUUUGUUAUUGUUGUAGUUUGACUCCUGCACUAAUUUUUGUUUUAAAAUUGCACUACUUCAACUUUAUAUCAACUUCACCUAUAUAAAAACCACAUCAUUUAAAAAAAAGCUUAGAUGUAUGUAUAUGUGCUUUUUGAAAGAAGCCCUGUAUGAAUGUUUUCUUUUUCAAAAUGUUAUAAAUAAUUAUAAUGUCUUCCUUUCUCUAUCUGUUAGUCACUAAGGGCAUGGCUUUACAUGCCAGAAGAGUGGCAUAAAAUUCUCACAGAGGCUUUAAAUAUGUGGGAUAAGUGUCGUUUUCAGGUGGAGCAAUGGUUCUGCACCUGGGAGGCUGCUCUUCUCCAAGAAGACUGACCAUCUUUUCUGAUAAAAAUUACUG